GAAUGUUGCGGAGAACUGUCUCUCAACCGAUUGGACUUGAUCGGGUUGACCAGCUUGGCAGCUGCAUGUCCUACACGUCCAUGCAGAAUCUGACAACAGUUUUUGCUAGAAGCAGGUCAAGUCUCAUGCUGGACAAUGAUUGCACACCAAUCUUCUAUGGGCAUGAAAGUCCACAGUGGGAGAAUGAAGAACUUGGAUGGCAAGCCAUUGGAAGGUGCAGAGCUCUGGGAUAUGAAGGACCCGAUAAUGAUGAGAUAAAGGCUUCAGAGGAAUGUAAUGAAGUGUACAUAGCGGAGGAGGAGGAGGUAUGGAACUCCUCUGACUUGACUCUGGAGGCGAAAAGAGACAUUGUGGAGCUACUGCAUUGUAAAAACCGCUUUAUGAAAAGAAAUGCCGAUCUGCAGAAAGCCCUAGACGCAUGUGAGGACUCAAACACUCAUCUUGAGAUGGAGAACUCUGCUUUGAAGAGCCAGGUCAAAAGUAUGAAGCAGUCCAUUCAGGAUGCUGAGCAGUUGAUGGAGGAGAUGGAUGGCAUUAGGGGAGCACUAGCUGACAGUGAGGCAGGCCGUAGUAACCUCAAGGCCUGCAUCAGCAAACUGGAAAAAGAAAAUAAGGCCCUAAUCAAUCAGAUUGAAACAGUCACCGAUAAGAUGUCUAAACUUUUGCCUGAGAUGGAAUCAGACAAGGCGAAAAUAAUAAAUCUGACUCAGCACAUCAAGGCAUUGCAGCAACAUCUGGAGGAAACAAGAAUGCAACUGGAUGAGAAAACUGCCAUCAUUAACAGUAAAGACAUGUUGGUCAACCAACUAAAAGCUUCCUUAGAGGAGUUUGCUUCCAUGGAACAGACAUUGAAGAGGGCCGUAAAAGACCUGGAAGGCCAGUUGGAACUAGCAAGGGUUACUGCAGGAGGAUGUUUCUUGAAUUCAGGCGGUCUGGUCUUAACUACAACUGAGAACUGUGUCUCUCUGGCAGAGGAACUGGGGCUGAUGCCAGGACAUCCGGAGUCUGAUGAUGAGGUGGAAGUAGAUGAACCCAUAACAGUUGAGGAGGGGAAAGUCUUUGAGGUUGAGGAGAUUCUUCAGAUACCAAGUGAACCCACAAUGGUUGAGGAGGAGAUUCUGCAGGUACCUGAUGAACCCAUAACGGUUGAGAAAGAGAUUCUGCAGAUACCUGAUGAACCCAUAAUGGUUGGGGAAGAGAUUCUGCAGAUACCUGAUGAACCCAUAAUGGUUGGGGAAGAGAUUCUGCAGGUACUUAAUAAACCCAUAACGGCUGAGGAAGAGAUUCUGCAGGUACCUGAUGAACCCAGAAGGGUUGAGGAAGAAAUUCUGCAGGUACCUGAUGAACCCAGAAGGGUUGAGGAAGAGAUUCUGCAGGUACCUGAUGAACCCAGAAGGGUUGAGGAAGAGAUUCUGCAGGUACCAGAUGAAUGCAUAAGGUUUGAGGAAGAGAUUCAGCAGGUACCACACGCAAUUACAGAGGACCAGAAUGAAGUGCCGAGAGAGGUCAGCCUUGAGAAUGACAUAGAGGAAGUCAAGUAUGAGGAGGUGGACAGGGAAGUUGGUCAAAAGAUGCAAGAGGUCACCAAAUAUUUGGAUGAGGAAGGUGUUGAGCAGGCUGACGCUGUGGAGGAAGAGCAGAUAGGAUUUUGUGUUUCAGAGCAGGGAGAUACACCACAGCGUUCAAGUGUCCACUGGCUGGGUGAGGCGUACUACAGCUUCAGAAGAGGAGUCCUAAGCGCCAGUGCGUUCAGCUUGGGUGUUGUGCUGCCUCUGAGUGUCGUCAGUGCCGCUAUGCCACCCUACCACAGUGGAUCUGGCUUGGGCUGCUCAGACUUUUUUUGGAGCACAGGUCGCCACAUCCUGCAGCCUUACUGCACUGUUCAGCACAUUGACAUGCCACCGUUUUAAAACAAGCAUGUGGCACAUUACUUAAAAAAUGGAAAACAUAAGCUGUAAACAGGAUAUUUGCACCCAACUUCCCCCCUUAAAAAAGAAUGGUAUAGAAUGCAAGUAUCAUAUCAUAAUUUCAUUUCUCUAGUCUUCUGGGUGUUUAAUUUUACAAUUUCAAUUUUUGGGGAUGUUUCAUUUCAAUUUGAGUUCCUCCAUAUUGUGAUAUACUUCAUGCAACUAACUGUUCCAGUGGCCACAUUAAAGACCAAAUCUGAACAUUUUCAUGAA